AUGGCAAAAGUAUUGAACAAUGGCACAGAGCCAGCUGUACUACGCAAACUCGGAAUCAAUGAGAAGUACCAACUAGCUAUGUAUCUCCUGGAUCAGUACCGUGGCACUAUUCUCUCCUGUCGCUACACACUUCCGCAACACCUCGCACUGGCAGAGUCGCAGACCCGGUUAGAGGAGGUAGUGAAGGUUGCUGUCGUGGACACCAUUAUGAGACAUCCAAUGCUGCAAGUCGGCAUGAUAGAUGCCACGUCUAAAACACCCUCGUGGAUCCAGCUGAAGAGUCUCGACCUGAAGCAUCAUAUACAAUGGCUUUAUCUUGGCAAAGAUAUUGAUUUUGAACAUACUGUCCAGGAAACCAUUCGCGUUCAGCUCGAUGAGCGUUUUCCUGAGCUUUCUACGAAGCAGCCAGACUGGAAGAUCACCGUCAUUUGGCAAGCAGGUGCUGCUGUCAUGGAGGUCCUACUCACCUGGAACCACCCUCAGUUCGACGGUGUAGGUGCCAAGGUGUUCCAUGAAGACCUCCUCGAGAUGCUUACCAGCGUCGACGAUAGAGGAUACGAGCGGCCAGGAUUGAAUGAAGAUAUCCUUACCCUGCCCGAAGCGCCUCCCUGCCUUCCAACCCCAAUCGAGAGUUUAAAGAGCCUCCCUUUAGAUUUAAAGUAUCUCGCCAGAGUAUAUUGGGACGAAAUAAGGCCCCAAUUUCUCAACCGUGACGUAUCCCAGGCAACCUGGUGUCCGAUCCGCUCCUCUCCAUACAAGACCCAGUUCCGGGCCUUCUUAAUAGACAACGCAUCGUUACUUGCGAUUCUAGCACUCUGCCGACAAAACAAGACGACAAUCACCGGCCUGCUAAACGCACUGGCGCUCAUUGCCUUCUCGUCGCGCCUCGACAGCGCGGCCGCCCCGGCCUUUCAAUGUUCAACCGUCAUGGACCACCGCCGGAAUCUGCCUCCAGCACCGCCAGAUGCCCCGUGGGAUCGGUCUGACAGAGCAGUAAGCAAUUACGUGACACAGGUACCCCAUAGAUUCGACACGGGGCUGGUGGGUCGAAUUCGCUCCAAGCUGCUGGCGAAUAGCAGUGAGGGAUGUGACCUUCUAUCCACCGACCUACAACGCGAGCUCUGGACUGUCGCAGCGCAGAACCGACGGGAGAUAUUGCAGAAGCUAGACGACGGGCUGCGAAAUGAUCUCGUAGGCGUAUUUAGGCACGUCACAGACUGGCAGAAGACGAUGAGGGAUAUGGCAAAAAGACAGCGUCAAUUCACAUGGCUGAUCAGCAACAUUGGUGUCCUCGCGGGCAACACUUCUGAAAAUGCCCAGGAGUGGUCGAUCAACCGAGCACAGUUUGGCCUCAGUGCAGAAAUUCCCGCUGCCGCCAUCGAGUUUGCCCCGAUUAGCGUGGCUGGCCGGGGUAUGUGUGUCAGUGUCAACUGGCCGGACUGCGCUGUUGAUUUGAUGCUAGGGGAGCGCAUCAUGGCUGAUCUGAAAAGUUGA